GAACUGUGUAAACGGAAACACACAAACGCAGAGACAUAAAAAGCCACACUAAUCUUUCAACGCAUCUCCUCAACCUCGCGCACACACACACACCCCCCUCCCCAAACUCACCGGAGUCAGUCCCUCUCUCCGCCUCCCUCUAACAAACACACGCUCCCUCUCUCUCUCUCUCUCUCUUCCUCUAUAAUGGAAGACGACGACGAGUUCGGAGAUCUGUAUACGGACGUGCUCCGGCCUUUCGCUUCCACGUCAUCAUCAACCGAUGCUCCGCAGCCCCACGGGGCGUCCCCUGCGCCGCCACCUCUCCUCCACCCUCCGAUCGAUCUCAGCCUCAAGAGCGACGAGAACGAGAUCCUCUUUGGAAAUCCCCGCUCCAAUUCCCCUGCUCCCAACCGUCCCUCCGAUCAAACCCUAGCUCCACGCCCCACCGAGCUUGAUUCGGCUCCUAAUUUGAUAGUCCGCGACGAGAGAGUCGAUGAUUUAGCUGGUCGGUCUGGGGUUUCGGACGGAGGGCGUGUGGAAUUACCGAAAAGGGCUCCCCCCGAGGAUGUGAAAUUCGAUAUCGAGGAGGGUAAUACCGGAAUUUUUGAUGCUGGCUCCGAGCCGAUCAUUCCGGGACUCUCUGGCGCACCGGCAGCGAAUCCAGAAGCUUCUACCGCCGAUAACGAUUGGGACAGUGAUAGCGAGGACGAUUUACAGAUAGUGUUGAAUGAUAGCAAUCACGGGCCUAUGGCGAUGGAAAGAGGUGCAAUUGGUGGCGAAGAGGAGGACGAUGACGACGAUGAAGACGGGGACCCUCUGGUUAUCGUGGCGGAUGGGGAGCUAAAUCAGGAGCUGGAGGCCCAGGAGUGGGGCGAGGAUGCGGCUGGGCAGGCAGUUGGGGCGGAUGGCGAGAGGAAGGAGACUGGUGAGGCAGGGAAAGUUGGCGGUGGUGGCGGAGGGGCCGCGGGAGUGGUGGCACCGAAAAUUGGGUAUAGCAGUCAUGGGUAUCAUCCAUUUCAUUCUCAGUUUAAGUAUGUUAGACCUGGUGCAGCACCAAUGCCUGGAGCAACUACUUCUGUUCCUGGAGGAGCCCCAGGCCAAGUUCGUCCGCUUGUCAACAUGGGUCCUAUAGCUGGUCGUGGUAGAGGUGAUUGGAGACCAACAGGAAUAAAAAAUGCUCCUCCAAUGCAAAAAGGUUUCCAUUCAGGUUUCGGAUUGCCUGGUUGGGGGAACAAUGUCACAGGGCGAAGUUUUGGUGGAGGACUGGAAUUCACACUUCCUUCUCAUAAGACCAUAUUUGAUGUUGACAUUGAUAGUUUUGAGGAGAAACCAUGGAAAUAUCCUGGUGGUGAUAUUUCAGACUUCUUCAACUUUGGCUUGAAUGAGGAGAGCUGGAAAGAUUAUUGCAAGCAACUGGAACAACUCCGCAUGGAGUCUACUAUGCAAAGCAAAAUUCGUGUUUAUGAAAGUGGGCGAACAGAGCAGGAGUAUGAUCCAGAUUUACCCCCAGAAUUAGCAGCUGCCACUGGCGUUCAUGAUGUUCCAGCUGAAAAUACAAACCUUGGAAAGGCGGAUGUUGGACAAAGUGAUUUAGCGAAAGGACCUGCUCGUGUGCGGCCACCUAUACCAACUGGGAGACCAAUACAGGUGGAAGGUGGUAAUGGCGAGCGUCUCCCCUCCAUUGACACCCGACCUCCUCGCAUCCGUGAUUCAGAUGCAAUUAUUGAGAUUGUCUUGCAGGACUCUUUGGAUGAUGAUUCCUCCACAGGAAAUGGUGCCCUAGAACGUCCAGACAAUGAUCCCCAAAGAGAGGAAUUUAGAGAAGGUGAUGUAGGUGAAGAAGACAGUGUGCAAGUGGACAGUGAGUAUUUUGAGGGUUUACCAAAGGCUUACAAUGGUCGAAAGAGAGAUCUGGUUGAAAAAAGAAGAAAGCCUGUCAUGAAUUCUAUUGAUAAUAAGUUACCUGAUGGGGAUGGAGUAUCAUCCUUCCCCCCUCCAGAAGCACCCGCCCAGUAUCCUGGUUCGAGGGGGCAGACUUCUGUUCAUCCUAGUGGGAAUGUCGGUACCACUUAUGAUGAAAGGCGAACACAGGGACGGGCAAGUGACCAGUCCCCUCAUGUGACUCCUAGUCGAAGUACACAUGAUGGGAAAUUUCAGGAUAAUCAGAAGGAAGAAUCAGUUGAAAGCUUGGAUGAUAAACAUAGUCCGUUGCUAUCAUCUCCUGACACAGUUGGGGAUGCCAGGGAGUUGAGUGUUGACCCUAAAGAUGCUGAGCAUGAUGAGCUUGUGCUGGCUGAUGGAAGCCCUGUAAUGGAAAAGGAAGAAAUUACUUUGAACACGAUAGGCGCAAAUGACACCCUUAAAGAUGGAGUGGUAAAGAAACAAAAAUUGAGUUCUCGUGUCGAACAACCUGUGCUCCAAGAAUUUGAUGAGGAGGAGGACUCAAAGGCUGCAAGAAGUAGUGAAAACAGCAAAGCAAGAUCAGGAAGCAGCAGGGACUAUCAGAAGUGGCGGGAUGGGGCUGAGGAGGAAGUCAUUCAAGAAGGAAGUUCAACCGUAAUGGAGACUGUGAAAAGGCACCCUGAUGAAAAUGAACAGGGUCUCCGAAGAAAGAAUCGUGAUGGAAGGCAAGAUAUGGAAAGAAAUCGCAUGGCAAUAAAAGGAACAGAAGAUUACCCCUAUAGAGACUGGGAUCCUAGCUCAGGUCAUCAAUUGCUUAUGAAAACUGAUGGGUUUAAUAGGCGAAAGGAGAGGGACAAUCCUGAUGGACCUUGGCAACGGAGAGAUGACGAUCCUUAUAACAGAAGGAUUAGAACUGAAGACAUGAGGAAGAGGGAGCGUGGUGAUGAAAUGGGAUCCAGACAUAGGGGCAAGGUUCGAGACGGCGAGAGGAGUGAGAAAGAUGAAUAUCUACAUUCGAAAAAACAGUUGGAUAAUGGCAGCUAUAGGGUUCAUUAUGAUAAGGAGGUUGUCUCACGCCACAGGGAAAGAGAUGAUGGUCUGAAGAGUAGGUAUGAAAAUGUGGAUGAUUACCAUAACAAGAGAAGGAAAGAUGAGGAAUAUCCGAGGAGGGACCAUGCUGACAAAGAAGAAAUCUUGCAUGGCCACAGGGAAAGUUCCAGCCGUCGUAAGCGGGAGAGGGAUGAAGUUCUGGACCCACGCAAAAGAGAUGACCAACUAAGAGUUAGAGAUAACCUUGAUGAUCACCACUCUGUUAGGCACAAAGAUGAGAGCUGGCCACAGAGAGAAAGGGGUGAAAGGCAGAGAGAGAGGGAGGAGUGGCAUAGGCUAAAACAGUCUCAUGAAGAAUACCUACCCAAGCGGGAAAGAGAAGAAGGACGGGUUGCUGCAAGGGGUGGGCGUGGUCCAGAUGACAGAGCAUUGGUUAGCCAUGCUAGGGCAAAGGAGGAUCACAAAGGAUAUGAUAAAGAAUACCAAUUUAAAGACAUAGUGCGACACACUGAACAGUCCAAGAGAAAGGAUCGAAUUGAGGAUGAAAGUUCACAUCAUAGGGGACGUGAUGAUGUUUAUCCACGUGGAAAUCAAUUUAGUAAUGAUGAAAGAAGAUCCAGGCAGGAGAGAUCAAGUUCCCGUAAUGAUCGUGCUGUUAAUGCUUCUGAUAACCAAAGAGUACACGACAAAAAAAAUAGAGAGACUACAAGGAAGAUUAAAGACUCUGAGGGUGGCGAUCACAAUGCUUUGGGCCCUUCCAAGAGAAAUCAAGAAGACCAGAGUGGUCAAAUUAAUGAGAUGGGCUUGAAAGGUUCUGGUGAUCAAGGAAAUGGUGCGCAUGAGAUCCCGGUGCACCGACGUGCUUCCAGAAAACAUAGGGAAGAUGCUUCAUCAGAAGAUGAACUGCAAGACUCAAAAAGAGGGCGCUCCAAGUUGGAACGUUGGACUAGCCACACCGAGAGAGAUUACAGUAUCAACAAUAGGUCAUCAUCUUCCUUGAAAUUCAAGGAGAUUGACAGGAACAACAAUGGUGCAUCUUCCGAAGCCAGCAAACUUCCAGAUGAAUCUGCUAAGAUGGUUGAGGCUGUUGAUAAUCAGCAUCCAUUGGCUGAAGAGAAAGAUGCUUCUGAUCUGGAAACCAAAGAUGUCGACACAAAACCGUUGGAGGAUAAGCACCUGGAUACUGUGGAGAAGUUGAAGAAGCGAAGUGAACGGUUCAAGCUUCCGAUGCCAAGUGAGAAAGAGGCCUUGACAAUUAAGAAGAUAGAGGUUGAAGCACUGCCUUCUGCCAAAAGUGAGACUCCUGCAGAUUUGGAGAUCAAACCAGAACGGCCGCCACGGAAGAGAAGGUGGGUCAGUAACUAAAUGUGAAAUCAAGGGACCUACAUUAUUUCGCGGAAUUGCUCUUUUGGUUUUGAGGGAAGUCUUGGCCUCUGAUUCUUUAAUUCUAGAACCCUGCCAGUCCAGUCAUGCCUUUAGAUGAUUAUAAAUGGUUUCUGUCAGGUUUUAGAGAUGGCCAUGUACCUCUGCCAUAGUUAUAUCAUCUUGUAACCAUGCUGCCACCCCAUACUUCUAAUAUUGUGUAAAUACUGAUGAAUGUAACAUUAAACUGGUCACAGAGGUGGCAAGGAAUUAUUUUAGUGUUAAUUCGUAAACUUAUGACCCAGAAUUUAUCUGGGUUACUGGA